GAUUGCCCACCGCGUCGCUCCUCCUCCAGUCCCCAGCGCUCCGACUUGGUUCAUUGAAGCGGAGACGCGCAGGCAGCGGGUACGCGCACAAGGGCGAGCGCGCCUCACCGCACCGCACCGCACCGCACCGCACCGGAGCCCCGGCCGCCCGGAGAACAACAUGUAACCUCAGCACUGCGGGCUGCUCUUCCGCCGAAGCCCCGAAUCCGAGCAGAACCGCGGUCAUCUUCGGUCCUGCACGUGAGGCCGUGUAUGUACUGAUCUGAUGUAGUGACUGAUCGCUGUUGUUUCUCGGCGGACGAAGUUCACACGUGACGCUCUGCACGUGAACGAGCCGGUGUGUCCCGCGCUCCUGCGGCCGCUGAUGAGGCCGAAACACCGCUGACAGGGAUCAUCAUCAUCAUCAUCAUGUAACCGGGGGAAGUGUUUGACGGGGAGCUCGGCGACAGCAGCAGCAGCAGCAGCAGCAGCAGACCGGUAAACUCCGGUAAACUAAGUGCUCAUGUGGAGUGUCGCGCGCACACCAGUUGGAGAGAAGCACGUGGAACGCAGUAAACACAGUAAACAAAGUGAAGUCAAAAUGAUGCUUUCGGUCCUCGCGGAGAUGCACAUGAUCAUGUGUUUGUCCCUGCUGCUUGUCAUCUCUGGUGCUGGUGAAGGAUCCUCCCUGCACAUCCCUGACGGCAGGUCCAACCCCCUGUCCCUGGAGAAGAACUUUGGACGCCACGCCAAGGACUCCCAGUGUCACCACAUGCUGAAGCAUCUGCACAACGGGGCGCGGAUCACCGUGCAGAUGCCCCCCAACAUCGAGGGCCACUGGGUGUCCACAAGCUGCGAGGUGCGGCCCGGCCCGGAGUUCAUCACGAGGUCCUACCGGUUCCACAACAAUACGUUCAAGGCCCACCAGUUCUACUACAGGGACAACCACUGCACCACGCCCACGUACACCCUGGUGAUCCGGGGCAAGCUGCGCCUGCGCCAGGCGUCGUGGAUCAUCCGCGGCGGCACCGAGGCCGACUACCAGGUGCAGCGCACCCAGGUGGCGUGUCACAGCGAGGCCGUGGCCACGGAACUGAGCCAGCGGCUCAACCAGAGCUGCCGCGGCCAGGGCGCGGGAGCCGUGGGACCCCCGGGACCCUGGGAGCCCCACGCGCUCUACGAGCUGUGGAGCGACGCCGCGGGCGGCUGCGACUGCUCCCGGGGCCUCAACUUCGCGAUGCACGAGCUGCAGCUGCUGCGCGUGGAGAAGCAGUACCUGCAGCACAGCCCGGAGCACCUGGUGGAGGAGCUCUUCCUGGGCGACGUGCACACGGAGAGCGCCCAGAGGAUGUACUACCGGCCCUCCAGCUACCAGGCGGCGCUGCAGAACGCCAAGAAUCACGACCACGCGUGCAUCGCGUGCCGAAUCAUCUCCCGCUCCGACGAGCAGCGCCCCCCCAUCCUGCCCCCGCGGGCCGACCUGGCGGUGGGGCUGCACGGCCAGUGGGUGAGCCAGCGCUGCGAGGUGCGGCCGGAGGUGCUCUUCCUCACGCGCCACUUCGUCUUCCACGACAACAACCGCACGUGGGAGGGCCAUUACUACCACUACUCGGACCCCGUGUGCAAACACCCCACCUUCACCAUCUACGCCAGGGGGCGCUACAGCCGCGGUGUGCACUCCGCCAAGGUCAUGGGAGGAACGGAGUUCGUCUUCAAAGUGAACCACAUGAAGGUGAAGCCGAUGGACCAGGCCACCACCUCGCUGCUCAACGUCUUCAAUGGGAACGAGUGCGGCGCCGAGGGCUCCUGGCAGGUGGGCGUGGAGCAGGACGUCACCCCGACCGACGGCUGCGUGGCGCUGGGCAUCCGGCUGCCCCACACCGAGUACGAGCUCUUCCGCAUGGAGCAGGACAUGCGAGGACGCUACCUGCUGUACAACGGCCAGCGGCCCAGCGACGGCUCCAGCCCCGACCGGCCCGAAAAGAGGGCCACCUCCUACCAAAUGCCCCUCGUGCAGUGCGCCGCCGACGGCCUCGGACCGGGGCUCGGCGGAGACGAUUCGGACCGGCCCCUCCGGCUCAACGGCGGGGGUGGACGGCGCCGCCCUGGUGGCCUGGUGGGCGUCGUCAUCCUUACGGGGCUUCUCUCGCAUCUCAACUGAGACAAGAUGCCCUUUGUCUCUGCAGCCUACAGUGGGAUGAAAAGGGGAGGAAGUACGCUCUUGGGCGGGGGGGAGGGGGGGCUCUGUCCUCAAAGGGACACUGUUUACUCGAUGCACUAGAACAUUUUGGAUGGCGCGCUCCUUUUUCCAUGCUUUGCAAGCAAGGGGUCAACCAAGAAGAGACGUGUCCUUUGAUGCUUCCUGUUUCAAGUCUGUCCAGCUGAGACACCGCAGCAAAUGCACUUUAACAGAGCACAUCUGACUACAGUGUGCGUGCGCGUGUUGCUUCAUGUACGUACACACACACGCACACACGCGUGUUGGAAGGGAGCUGUUCCGGGCUGAGCGCAGCCGGUUAGGACGUUGGGCAUUCAAAGUAUUUCCGUGCCGUGAACAGCAAAGACGGAUCGGGCGCCGUUUCGAGUCCUCCGCGGCGUCGCACGAAAGGAACUGGACAGUUGACGCUGAUAUAAGGGAAAGGGGACGCGUGGUGAGUGAGUGUGUGCGCGCGCACCUCACAUUUCAAAGUGCUCGUUUCCCUCAAGCUCACCCUCAUCGAGCAGUGUUUUCAAAAUGCUCGUGGCACAUUUUUCCAGUUUUACCCAGAAGGAAUUUGUACCCAGAACACUCCUCUACGCUACUUCUACAGGUUCGCUUCCGUCGUCUUGUACGAUUUCCGUCUUUUCCGCUCAUCGACGCUCCCUGUCCUCCUUCUUCCUACUGUUUUACAGCUUCCCUGCCCUUUUCCAAGGCGCCGCUCCUGUCGAGUGUCCCUAAAUGAACUCACACAGACGCAAGGUUCUUUCUUCCCCCAAACUCAGAGCCGACCUCAAACACACGUGUUCGGAGCUGGGUGUGAGCCGCACACGUGAAACGCACACGUGAAACGCUUGCGAUACGUGGCACUGCGACCGGUGUGCAUGCGUGUGUGUCUCUCGGCGUGAGGCCUGGCUGCUCUUUCCUGACAAAGAGUCCCGCCUCGGCAGUGGACGAGUGCUGUUGACAAGGUAACGGCACACUGGGGACAGUGGGGGGUCUGGUUAAAUCAAGUCAUCAUUAACCCCCCCCCCCGCACUCUUUUCCAUUCACCGUCUCUCACACACUCAGGGAACAGGUUGUCGUCCGAGAGGCCAUUUCUGACGACGUGUCGGACUCCGUCUCUCCAGGAACUGCAGGGUUUCUACACAUUGCAGGUGUCGGGCUUUGGUUCGACACAAAAAGAAGGAAAAAAAAAAUCUGCAUGCAUGGUUUUGUGCUCCAGUUCCAGAUUUUUUUAAGACUAAUUUAAACAGAAAACCUGAUUGACGAUGACAGACCUGCACCACAUCUUGUAAGGAUUAAAAUUUUCAGAUUAAGAAAUUAUUCAUUGUGGCAACUCGCGUGUGUAGUGGUUUGACUGCAGUUCACAUGAUGAAAACGAUCCUUUUCUUUAUCGCUGUUCAUUUCGCUUUAUUGUACGAUAGAAAAGCAACGUAUUCCCUGCCAGUAACAUCCAACACCUCAACUGUCUCAAAUUUCUUUGACUAUUUUGUCACAUUUGCAGCAUCAAGAAAACAUAGACUGCACUUCUUAAUCAUGUACGCUGUCGUAUUUUAUUGAGGGGGCCUCAGGGCCACCACCUUUACCUUUUGACCGGGGGGAGUUUACCGUACAUUUACCUGCUGGCACCAAGUUACCAGUUUGAUCCUAAUUAUUCACAGGAACCAAAACCUGCGAUUCUUCACACACCCAAAUAUCUGUGGGCAGGUGACGCAAAAAAUAAAUCAGUGUGAGAAGCCGAAGGCCGGAGGGGAAACGCUGAUGGGUUCGACGCCCAACAGUCUCAGCUGGGGAUUCAAGCACAGACCCUACGGGCACCUCAGUGCGGCUGGUGCAAGUUCGGGACAGCGACACAACGAGUCACGGGGACGCUGACGAAAAGACAGGCGACCAGCGAGGCGUGAAUGUGUGUGAGAGCGAGCGAGAGAGAGAGAGAGAGAGAGAGAGAAUGGAAGCCCCUCAGCAAACAUGUGUCUUGACAGUCUCCCAUCGCAGCCCAGUCUGCUCAAAGUCGGUCAGUUUGGGGAACAACCUUUUUACCACAGGAAGAGUGAAGACAGAAGCACACACACACAUUCAUGGGGAUGAUUCUUCAUCUGGACACUCUUGCCACUUGUAGGGUUUUCUUGACUGAUCCCUGCUGAGAAAACUGUACAUAAAGCAAUAAAAUGUUUUGGCAUUUCUUUUUUU